UCCAGGACUUUUAAAAGCCAAGCCUUUCCCCCCUUUCCCUCAGAACAUUAGGCGAAAAUACCCGUGGCUUCUAAGUGAAUUUAGUAGUUUAAAACUUUUGAAGGUUAUUUAUGUGGAUAGCCCAAAGCAAAGGCCCUGAAUGGCUCUCGGUGAGCACGUGGUGUCAUUAAACUAAGUUUUAUGGUUUGGGGGAGCUGACAUACCCACAAUAUAUUUACAUCAUAUAUAAUCUUAACUGUCCACCAUCGCAGCUGCUAGAGCUGUUUAACGCUGGGACGGUGGGACAAGGCAGUUAGUGCGGAUUACGACGGCUCGGGCGGCUGUUGGGGAAGCUACAUCUUCCCCCCAAAUGGAUCCCUGGCGAGAUCUGUGUCCGUCUCCUUCCCCAUUUCUUCAGUCAGUCAAGAACAGGAAAUGCAAAAAGCUCCUCACCAAGACAACCAAGAUCCCAUUAGGAGAGAUUCUUUUAGUCAGCAAUCAUUUCUGACUCCAUUGGCACACGCAGAAUUAGAAACAUCUACAGGGUCUCCAACAGACCAAAAAGGUACCCAGCAGGGAUCUCUAGAGAACAACAAUGAUCAGACCUCAAGAGCACAACAGCCUCCAUUGGUUACUUCUUCCAACCCUUGUGGCGCCUCCACCAAUGGCAGCAGGAAAGCCUAUAACAGCCAUUUACCAAAACAAGUCUUCCCUUGGAUGAAGGAAACAAGACACAGCUCCAAGCAGAACAGCAGCCUUCCUUCUUCAGACCCCAGGAGCUCUGUACCCAGCCUCUCCUCUUCCAAGAGAGUCCGCACGGCCUACACCCAUACCCAACUGGUGGAACUGGAGAAAGAGUUCCAUUUCAACCGGUACCUCUGCCGGCCACGCAGACUGGAAAUGGCCCAGCUUCUGCGGCUCUCAGAGAGGCAAAUCAAGAUCUGGUUCCAGAACAGAAGGAUGAAAUACAAGAAAGAUAGCCGGGCCAAGGCGACCGCAAGGAAAUCCCCAAGCCAAAGCCCUCCAGUGAGCGACUACUAUAGUCAAAUGGAAGCAGAAUAUGAGAUGGCCACUCCAGGCUCAUGUAGCAAGGGCCCGCGAGAGAGAUACAGCUCCGUCGCCUAUGCAGACACCCUCUUCGACAGCCCUUUAAUGUCUGAAUAUGGGCCCCUCUCUUUGCAAGAAGGUCAUCCUUACGGACCUCCGGUUCUGCAAGGGAGCCCGAACGAGAUGGGAGAAAAUUACCUGGGAAAUGUGCCUGAGGCUGACUCACUCUUCAGCUUCCCUGACUGCUCCUCGGCAAACCUGGACUACAGCUGUGUUGCUGAAAUCCCCGGCCAGCACCAGCUCGGGCCUUCCGACUCCCUUCCCAUUUACACAGACUUAACCACACAUCCUGUGCCUCAGGGAGAUUCUCAGGGACCUGUAAAUCUUAUGCAUCUGUGAGGGGGCUCCUUGCCAUGGAAACCAAGCAGGGAAAAUUGCUACAGUCCUAUUAACUCAUUAAAAAAAAUACCUCUAA